UCAAAUUACAUUCAAUCGUGUAAAGGCACGCAGCACGCACAGAUCCCGUGCUCUCAGCUCAUAUAAAACUUAUAAGGACAAUACAUUUGAGAUUAAACGUCAACGCCUAAGCAAAGGAGAAAGAUCAGUGCGGAGAAAAGAGACCCAAAAGCGUUGGAGAGAAAAAAGGCAGAUAAGAGAUUCUGAAAGCGGUAGAAUUGAAGAGACUCAAACAAACGAUGGCGCAAUACACAUGUGGAGAAAGCACGAUGUCCAACUCACUUGGCACUCCUCGUCAUGAAGCCUGCAGUUCAGGACCCUCAAACCCAACCGCAACAAGUGAACGUCAGAGACUUUGUGAUGUUAAAGGUGUCCCACUCAUCUCUUCCAUGCAUGAAAUCUUUGGCAGGGUAGAAAAGUUCCAGGCCAAAGCAGAUGACAUUUUAAUAGCCACCUACCCCAAGGCUGGUACCACCUGGAUGAUUGAAAUCGUGGACAGCAUUCGCCAAGGUGGCAUCACACAUGAAAUCAAAACCAUCCCCAGCCACGAGCGCACCCCAUUUCUAGAACUGAGCAACAUGGGCACCAUUCCAGCAGGUGUGGACCUUCUGAAGGACCUGCCAUCUCCUCGACUUGUGAAAACUCAUCUCCCAUUCCAACUGGUGCCACAGUCCUUCUUGGACAAAGGGUGCAAAGUGAUCUAUGUUGCCCGCAAUGCCAAGGAUGUCCUUGUUUCGUAUUUCUUCUUCCACAAGAUCGCUACUAUCCUCCCAAAUGAAGGGUCCUGGGAUGACUUCUUUGAGAGCUUUCUGUCAGGAAAUGUGACGUGGGGCUCCUGGUUCGAUCACGUGACAGGCUGGUGGGAUGUCAGGGAAAAGCACCAGAUCCUCUAUGUCUUUUACGAGGACAUCUUGCAGGACCCAAUGCAGGAAGUGGAGCGGGUGGCACGUUUUCUGGGUCACACACUGGAUAAAGGCACAAUUCAGGAAAUCGUGAAGCACACCUCCUUCAACAUGAUGAAGGACAACCCCAUGACUAACUUCAGCAAAAUGCCCACCUGUAUUGUGAACGUGAGCAUCUCACCCUUUAUGAGGAAAGGCCAAGUGGGAGACUGGAAGAACCACUUCACUGUGGCUCAGGAUGAAAGGUUCGAGGAGGAGUACAGGCGGCGAAUGGCCGGAACAUCACUGCGGUUCAGAACGAAGCUCUGAGCUGGGGAGCCGACACAUCUGUCUUACGGCGCUUUGGAGCCCUCUGCUGGACAUCUAGUGCAUCGUUUAUAAGUUUAGGAUCUUGGAUUUGUAUACAUGGAGACCUAAAUUGAUAAAUAUGAAACACUUGUGAAUGUCAUCCAGUCUGCUGUCUCGUGUGUGUAUUGUGUGUGAAAACCUGCUCGAGCCUGUUCAGUCUAAUUCAGGCCA